CUCACACUGACACGUUCUUUGGAACGUAAACAAAACUCAAACCAGUCCGAGACACAACUCGUUGUGCGGCUGUUGUUGUCUGUUUUGGUGCGUUACUCGCGCGUGUGUUACUCGAUUUUUCUCUUUCUAUUGGUCGGUAGAAUUGUUUGGUUUCGGGUUGUCCGUUUUAUUUUUAAUAUUUAAAUACGAUUUUUCGUGACAAUUGUGGACGUUCUGUCGAGUUUUUUCAGUUUUCAAAUGUUUUACCGCGCAUUUUUAAAUUAUACACCGUUAAUGUUUAAUUGUCCACCUGCUCGUCGAUCGGUGGAUAUAAUAUAAUUUUUUUUUUUUGUUCGUGUUUUUGACUGUUUUGAAAUAAUAAGAACAAGAGCGACACCUGAAGACGAUUUCGAGACGAUGAUAUUCAAAAUCACAAUUUAACGCUUAUUAAAGUACUACAUUUGUGCAGUUUCAGAUGAAUUCUCCGAACAACCUGUAAAUAUGUGGGGCUGUUCGAGUUGCGGAACACGUUGUCUGGUGAACUUGGUCAUCAUCUUUACCGUUUUGAUUAGUUUAGCCGAGGCUUGGCAACAGAAUCUACCGCCCAAGAAUAGCGUUAGAUAUGGAGCAUUCAAUUCUGACCAAAUAUUUCACGGAAACAAGACCGCCACGGACUAUUUCAAAAUACUCCUUCAAGAUCAGACGACUGCACUAAUAGGAUCUAGAAAUGUACUUUACAACAUCAGUUUGGACACCAUGAAGGAAAAUCACAAAUACUACUGGAAUUCCUCAGAAGCUAAUUACGAAAUGUGUCAGUUGAAGGGAAAAUCGGAGGACGAUUGUCAAAAUUAUAUAAGAGUUGCGUACAAGAAGAACGACGAGGAGCUGUUCGUCUGCGGCACCAACGCUUUUCAUCCGAUGUGCAAAAUAUUCAAUUUGACCGACGGCACCAAAGGUGUGGAAGAAAUGGAUGGACGGGGUAGAUGUCCUUACGACCCGUUACACAACAGCACCUCUAUAUACACCGGCGACCAAUUGUACUCUGGAACCGUGGCUGAUUUUUCCGGAAGUGACCCACUCAUAUACAAAGAACCGAUGCGAACUGAACGACUAGACUUUAAGCAACUAAAUGAUCCGAAUUUCGUGAGUUCGUUGGAAUACAAGGAUUACAUAUUUUUCUUCUUCAGAGAAAUCGCCGUUGAGUACAUAAACUGCGGAAAAGCUAUUUAUUCGCGAGUGGCUCGAGUUUGCAAACACGAUAAAGGUGGUCCACAUUCGUACAGGGAUCGAUGGACGUCAUUCCUGAAAGCUCGGCUCAACUGUUCUAUUCCGGGCGAAUAUCCGUUUUAUUUUGACGAGAUCCAGGAUACCAGCGAUAUAUUGAACACGGCUUUGACUGGUAUUGUCGACCCGAUUGUCUACGGUGUGUUUAACACGCCCGUGAACGCUAUCAGCGGCUCGGCUGUGUGUAUGUUCAACAUUAGCGACGUCAUCGAGACUUUCAUGGGAUCGUUCAAGGACCAGGAGGCUAUGGACUCCAAUUGGUUGCCCGUGAAAAAGAUCCCCGAACCCCGUCCCGGAACGUGCGUAGAAGAUAGUCGGACGCUGCCUGAUGUAACAGUGAAUUUUAUCAAAAGCCAUUCGCUGAUGGAUGGUGCAGUACCGUCGUUGUUUUCUAAACCGAUUUUCACUCGGAUAUCGCUCCAAUCCAGGUUGACCAGCAUCGCGGUGGAUAAUCAGAUUUCUGGUCUGAAAGGACAGUACUACGACAUCCUGUUUAUGGGCACAGACGAUGGGCGAUUGGUCAAAGGCGCAUUGCAUACAAACAACGGUUUGCCCGAGUUCGUGAACAUCGAAGAAGUAAAUCUCACCUCUAACAACACGAAAUCGUUUCCGGUCCGGACGUUAAACAUCAUCAAGUCCGUCGAUGGCAAACCGGGACGGAUAGUGAUCACGUUCGACCAACACAUCAUCUCCGUGCCGUUGGACCGGUGCUAUCUGAAGACAACUUGCCAAGAAUGUAUCGAUCUACAAGAUCCAUACUGCGCGUGGGAUGGGUCGCAUUGUGUUAACCAUUUGGAGAUCAAGAGUUCGUCUAAACAGCAUUUCGUCCAGUCCAUCGGCUCGUCUCAGAAUAAUGUUUGCCCGAAAGUGCCUUUCGAUGACAAGAUCGGACAUUCUUCGUCAUUAGACGAUAACAAUAUAGACUCGAACGUGCCGAGGUGUCCGUCGUGUGCUCCCUGUUACACCGAGAACGUAAUCAACAGCGAGAGUGUUAGCGACAAGACGUCCGAGAUACCAGUAAUUUCGUUGGGCGACGUCAUCGGACUACUCAUGAUGAUGUGCGUGCUGGCCACACUACUCGUCGGGUUCGCAGCCGGUUUCGUGUGCUCGCGGUACUUUCGGCACGCUGCCGAUCCGUUUUCGUCAAUGGCCGUUCACGCCCAUCACCAGCUUAACCGACUGGCCGAUAUGAACGGCGCGGCUGAGAUCGGCACCGCUCCGUUCCUGCCGUGCCCUAACAACAAGGCGCCGCUCAACCUGCUAGUGAACGUGACCAAGUGCAAGAACGACACGCUCGAGAAGAACUUGGACUCGGCGGUCGAGAACAAGACCCUGCAAAAGGUCAAGAAAACGUACAUAUGAUGAGCGCGUGUGUACGAAGGACGGCCACAACCGCCGCUUCCGGUUCCGUUUCGCCCGUGGACCGGAUUUGGCCGGCCUAAUGGAGAAAUACAGUGACUGAUUUCUACGACUUGUGCGCAGCUUUGUGUGCGUGUGCGUACAGCGUACCUAUAUAAUAUUAUGUUAUUAUUAUAAUUACUAUUAUUAUUAUCAUUAUUGGUACGGCGGUUGGUGGACGGCAAGACAAGGCGAAUAAAAGAUCUCAAACUUAAUCAAAACGACAGUUUAAAUAAUAUAAUAUAUAUAUUAUGUAUAAUUGUGUUUAUAUAUUACUGUGUAUGCUUAUGGAGCGGCAGUUCGCAUAGACUCUUUCGCCGAGUAAGUCAACCGACGUUCAUUAAAUACCUUUACGAAUGUUGUCAGUACGACCAUCUAACGCGAUAUGACACAUUCCUUACAAUUAUAUGAGCUUAUUAUUGACAAUUAUUAUUUUUAUUAUUAUUAUUAUUAUUAUUGAUAUAGUGUAUGUUAUAUUAUAUAUGGUACGAUAUACUUCGGAUACGUUAUACUCCGCGAUAUGUUUUUGUCGCGAUUUAUUGUUAUGAAGACUUAAAUAUAUAGGCACACACGCAGAUAUAUAAUGUAUUGAAUUAAUGUUAUAAUAUAAUUUUUAUUGUUAUUAUUAUUAUGAUAACUAUUACAAUUAUUUUCGAGUGACUCGAACAAAUUUUACGCGAAGAUUAAUAAUUCGCGUUGACGCCAGCAAACAUGGUGAUUUGCCAGUGGAUUUAGGAUUUUGAAGAGGACCAAAUUUUUUCAAGGACUUGUAAAUUAUAUUAUCUACUAUACAUAUAUAAGUAAUUCAAUGUAAAUAAUAUUUUGUGUAUUGGCGUGAAUUAUUAUUAUUUAGUUUUAUUAUUUUUGUGAAUGGACACGAAUAAUAUUAUUAUAAAAUAUCCUGGAAUAGUAUCAUUAAUUUUAAUAAUGAGAAUUUACUCUUCUCAAUCACGAUCAUAACAACCAUUGAUGUGUAAAUAAAAAAACGAAAAAUGUUAAUUAAUAAUAAUUAUAGAUAUACAGUAUUAUUAUUUUCAUAAGAAUCUAAAUUUUGUUUGUGACAACUAUGUACAAGAACAAUCCAUCGAUUAAAGAUUUCUUAUGUGCAAUACACACUUGAACGCACGCCUUAUUUUGAUCUCUAAACGUAAUAUUCUUUAAAAUUUAAGUGCCUUUUGUAAUCGAUGUUUUUAUCUUGAAUAAGAUAUCAAUUGUAUAUUUUUACUACAUUAAAAUAUGUUGUGCAUAAUAUGUAUUAAUAUUAAUGAAUUUCCAAUAUUGUAUAUAGGCCUAAAACGAUAUUUUACAUGUUUAGAAUAAUAAUAUUAUUGGUUACCACUGUUUAUAUUUACUUAUAAAAAUAUAUAUAUUUUAUAUAUUAUAUUCUGAUAAUAAUUUAUAUUAUUAUUUUUUAAACAACUAGGCUAUUUUUUAUUUAUUAUUGUCUAUUUUUUUACAUCUCUUAUUAUUAUGCUUAAUAUGUUAAAUAAAUUUUGUAUGGACCAGUGCAUUUUGUGCACUAAGAAAAUGUAUAGAAUUAUUAUUGUUGAAAUAUAGUGCCUUAUAAACAGUUAACACUGUUAAUAUUUAA